AUCUGGAGGAUAUUAAAGGUCAUAACUCAGAAACUUCAGCAAACAUGCAGAGAAUCCUGCUGUUGAGUGUGCUGGCUGCUUUUGCUCUGGCUGAGGCCAGAUAUGUGAAGGAUCUGGCUGCUGAGGAAAGGGUUGUCGGUGGAGAGAUCGCAAAACCCCACUCCUGGCCCUGGCAGGUCUCUGUCCAAAUAAAAACUCUAAGUCAGGACUCAUAUACGCAUUAUUGUGCUGGGACUCUGAUUAGAAAAAACUAUGUGUUGACUUCAGUCCAUUCCAUUUUCAGCAAGUACGGGAGCUGGCGUGUUGUUCUGGGUGACCAUGACAUCUCUACAGAUGAGGGAACCGAGCAGUACAUAGAGGUCAGGGAGAUCACCUUCCAUGCCUAUUCUGACCUGAAUGAUGUGUCUAAAGGGAAUGAUGUAGCACUUCUGAAGCUGGCUUCUGAUGCCAAUCUGAACGCAUAUGUGCAGUUGGCACCACUGCCACGCCAUAAACAGAUUCUGCCUCACGGAACUCCCUGUUUCACCACCGGCUGGGGCAACACUGAGACUGAUGGUUCGUUUUCUGCUGAGCUGAAACAAGCCUAUCUGCCUGUGGUCGACCAUGAAACCUGCUCUCAAAGCGACUGGUGGGGAAGCACAGUGAAAGACACCAUGGUUUGUGGUGGUGAUGGCACCAUGGCUGUAUGUAAGGGCGACUUCGGUGGUCCUCUCAGCUGUCUGGUCGAUGGUAAAUACGUUGUCUAUGGAAUCGCCAGUUUUAUGUCAUCAGAGGGCUGUAAUAUCUACAAGAAGCCCACAGUCUUCACUCGCGUGUCUGCCUACGUCGACUGGAUUACCAUCAACAUGAAUGAAUGGGAUUACGAAUGACAAACAUCCUCCAUGGCCCGCAAUGAAAGAAAAAGAAACGUUAACUAACAAUAAAACGUUGCAUCUGA